AUGGUGGCGGCGGAGCUGGCGCACGAGCACGUGGCCGCGGAUGCCGCCUUUCCACCUGACCGCAUCACCAAGCUGGAGGAGGAGGCGCUCCAAGGCAGCCUCGGGUCCCGCGGCGCCGGGGACGCGGAGGAGGUUGCGGACGAACGCGACGCGAUGCUACCUGACGGAGAAAACCAAGCGAUGAAGGAGAAAAAUGAGGACGAGGAAACUGUUCGCGGGGAAACCAAGCUCUACUGGCAGCGGUUCGCGAUUCUAGCCGUGUUCAGUCUGUACUCACUCAUCAACGCGUUCCAGUGGAUCCAGUACGGGAUCGUGGCCAACGUGUUCACGCACUUCUACCGGGUGAGCAAUGACAAGGUGGAUUGGCUGUCCAUCGUCUACAUGCUGGUCUACGUGCCGCUCAUCUUCCCGGCCACCUGGCUUCUGGACCGCCGCGGCUUGCGCCUCACCGCGCUGCUGGGCGCCGGCCUCAACUGCGCCGGCGCCUGGCUCAAGUGCGCCAGCGUGGGCCGCGAUCUCUACCCGCUCGCCAUGGUGGCGCAGCUGGUGUGUUCCGUGGCGCAGGUCUUCAUCCUCGGCCUGCCCUCGCGAGUCGCCUCCGUCUGGUUCGGACCCAAGGAGGUGUCCACCGCCUGCGCCACUGCCGUGCUGGGCAACCAGUUGGGCGUGGCCAUCGGAUUCCUGUUGCCUCCCGUGUUGGUUCCGAACACGCCCAGUGACGUGGAGCUGGUGGCACACAACAUCAGCGUGAUGUUCUACGGCACCGCCGCCGUCUCCACCGCCCUCUUCAUCCUCACCAUCAUAGUGAUGAAAGACCGUCCGCCGCUGCCGCCCAGCCAGGCCCAGGCCGUCCUGCCCGUCGGCCCCCCCGAGGACUACUCGUACCGCCGCUCCAUCGUCAACCUGAUGAAGAACAAAGCCUUCAUCCUGCUGCUCAUCAGCUACGGUAUAACCACGGGCUGCUUCUACUCGGUGUCCACCAUCCUCAACCAGAUGAUCAUGGCCUGCUAUGAGAAUGAAGAGUUGAACGCAGGAAGGAUCGGGCUGACCUUGGUGGUGGCUGGCAUGGUGGGCUCCAUCCUCUGUGGCUUGUGGUUGGACCACACCAAGACCUUCAAGUUGACCACGCUGCUGGUGAACUGCCUGACCUUGAUCAGCAUGCUGAUCUUCACCUUCACGCUGGACCUCAACAACAUCUACGUGGUCUUCUUCACGGGAGGCCUACUCGGCUUCUUCAUGACGGGGUAUCUUCCCGUGGGCUUCGAGUUUGGUGUGGAGAUCACCUACCCGGAAUCGGAGGGAACCUCGUCCGGACUCCUCAACACUUCGGCGCAGAUAUUCGGGAUCCUUUUCACGCUGAUUCAAGGAAAACUGACUACGGAUUACGCCGACCCGCUACCGGGCAACAUUUUCCUCUGCGCCUGGAUUUUAUUGGGAUUAAUUCUCACGGCCUUCAUCAAAUCGGACCUGAAACGACACAACGUCAACAUCGGGGCGACCGGCAAAGAGCAACAGGCGCUUCGUGCAGAGGAAAAGUUGAAGGUGGAACGUUCUUUCAACUUUGCCAGAGAAACGUCCUUGUAGCCAGGACAUCCACGCAAAAGGCAACCUGGGAAUUCUUUUUUUGUGAUGGACGGUUAGUGAGCGGUUGCGCCAGCGCUGACUUUUCCUGACUUUACUUGAAUGCAUCACGCCCUUCGGUAGGUUUUUUUUGGAUGAAGGACGGCGUCGGACGGACGAGACUUUUCAUACACACAGUCAAGGUGCACAAAAGCGACGCACAACUUUUUAUACUUUGCUCAGUGUGUGUGUUUGCGUGAGACAAGUGUAGCGCGCCAUCUUGUGGUCACUCCGAGUACAGCAUGAUGACGUUUUCUGCUGCUUUUUUAAUACAGUUUCCUUUUUUUACCUUUUAUGAUGAAUUCAAACAUUUGUUUGUUGAUGAAUACUUCAUUUUGUAUUAGAAAUAUCAACGUUCUCAUGCUUUUGCACAAUAAUAUGCAGGCUUUUUUGCAGAAUUCUAUGGAGCAUAUUCAUUUUACUUUUGUGACUCCUUUAUUUAUUUUGCUAUUAGAUGAAUAUUUCACGAUUAAGUGAGUAAAAAGUAUACAAACGCAGUUUAUGGUCAUGUUACAUUUUGCUUAUUGGGUUUAUUUAGGUUACAUGUUUAAAAUUGACAUGUUAAAAAUAGCAGCAAAAAAAAAAAAAAGAACUCCUGACAUUUAUUAAGCACAAGAUCAUCUUUAUUUUGUUGCCUGUCGACUGCUUAUUCCAAAUGAGUCCUCGUGGUGGCGCUAGCAUUAAAGUGGAGAUGACGCCAUG